AGAGGUGGGAAGGGGGUAAACAGCAGGGGGAGAGGGGUGGUUUGGGUAAGAUGUACAGUACGAUGCUGCGUCAUUCAUUUCCUCUCUUAUUGUUGAAUGUGGAGCUGAACUCAAGUUAAGUGACUUUAAAGAAAACUUUUAAUCCCAGAGCUGCUUUUAAAGUACAGUCCAUUACUAGGGUUGAGAGCCGGAACUGCAUCUGUACAGUUUCCAGCAAGCCCGAACAGCGAGAUGGAGGUGGACGAGCCGGUGUGUUUGCCAAGGCUGCCCCGGGUCGCUGUGUGCGGCGGCACCCAUGGCAACGAGCUGUCCGGGGUGUACUUAGUGAGAGAGCUGCUGAAGAUGGCAAAGAAGGAAGAGGAGGAAGAGCAUCUGUCGGUGCUGAUGGUGCUGUCCAACCCGAGGGCCAUGUUGCAGUGCCGCAGAUACGUCGACACGGACCUAAACCGCUGCUUCACCCGCGCCACCCUCAACGGUCCCGUAUCAGACGUUGCACCCUACGAGAUUAUCAGAUCCCUAGAACUGAACCGCAUGCUGGGUCCCAAAGGCAGUCCUGCGGCGGUGGACCUUGUUUGUGACCUCCACAACACCACUGCCAACAUGGGCCUGUGCCUCAUCGCAUACUCGGACUGCGACUGGAUCUGCCUGCACAUAUUCAAACACCUGCAGAGGGAGAUGCCAGAUACACCAAUCAGGUUCAUCCAUUUUGAUGUCUCCAGCAGAGAGUCCUAUUCCCUUGAUUCAGUGGGAAAACACGGCUUUGCCAUGGAGAUCGGCCCCCAGUCCCACGGGGUUGUCAGGUCAAACGUCUAUACGGCGAUGCGGGUUGGCGUACAGAACAUGCUAGAUUGGGUCCGUUUCUUCAACUCAGGGACUAUAUUUGAAGGAGGAUUUGUGGAAGUGUUUUCCAUGGUUAAACAUAUUGACUACCCAAGAGACAGGGAAACACGCAACAUCACGGCAGCCAUUCAUCCUCAACUCCAGGACCGAGACUUCUGCCUGCUCCAACCCGGAGACCCGCUGUUCCAGACUUUCUCAGGUGAAACUCUGCCGUAUAAAGGCAAGGACCCUCUUUACCCUUUCUUCAUCAAUGAAUGUGCUUAUUACGAGAAGGGCAUCGCUCUCUCCCUUGCGAGAAAAAGGCGUGUGAUGAUUCCUGCCAUCCGGGUGCAGACAGAGCAGGAGCAGGAAGCGUACGUACAGGAAUUCACUUCAGAGGAAGAGGAGUGAGGAUGGACUUUUUAAUCAGCCGCCACGAUGAGAAUGAUGUGACAUAAAAAAUAUUUUACAAAAUCUUUUAUUGAAACGUUGCUUGCAUGUGUACACUCGUUUACACUCACACAUGAUAUUUAAUUGGACAGUUAUUAACCGUUUGAGCUCAGAAACACAUUCACUUUAGAUUCACAAAAGCACAGUCAUACAUGGACAAUUGCUGAUAUAGUUAUGCUACAGUGGAUUUAGGGAUGGAACAAUUUCUUGAAUUAAAAGGCUGAAAAUGCAAAAUACAAUCUGGUUAUCACAAUAUCAACCAUACCACACGCAGUGCAUCAUUUCACAGACUUUUCUGAAAGUGGGAAGCUUGUGGUAAUCUAUAUAUCUGCAAACACUUAGCAUAGUUUUCCAUCUUUCUCUAAACUUGUUUUAUUUUGAGAACGCUUAGAUCUUCAAAAAAUAGAAAAUUCACUACUUACGACUACAGCCAUUUUCAGGAUAUGUUUAAAAAUAAUUUAAGUGCAAAGGAAUAAUUUAGAUUCUCACAAUAUGGCCUUUAAGUACAUUCAGAAUGCCUAACAGGGAAAAAACUGGUUCCCUUGAAUCCUGUUGAAUUAAAAUGGUAGUAACACAUUUGAAAUAAAAGGAAUACAUUGAAAUGAAAUACAUAAUAACAAAUACAGCUGAAUUCACAAAGGAAAUCCAUAAAUAUGGGCACGUGAUAGCAACAAAUCAUACACUAAACGGCUGGAAAACCACUACUAUGUUGAAGACAAUACACCUUCUUGAUUUGUUCUACAAAAAAAAAUACAAAGUUAGUCCAAAAAUGCUAAAUAAAAAACAACAGCAAAGAAAACAAUUAAUUUGGGUAACACAUUAUAAACAUAAACACAGUCUGAAUGGCCAUGAAUAAAUAAACGUUACUUAAAAAAGGGAUUUAGGGUUAAUAUAUAUACAUAAUAGUCAUAGCCUCUCUUACUGUACUCUUCAUAAAUGCCAACCAUGUUUUGAAGCAGCGAAAGUAAGAAACUGAUUGCACAACCGCAGACUCGGCAUAACAAAAUAUUUCAUGGAUGAGUUUUCUUUCUGCAAUGACAGAGGAUCAAGCUCAGGGCGGCACCAGUACUUGCUGUGCCAGGUGUUUUCCGCCAGUGCAAUAAAGGGGAAAUGUCACCACACCCUCCUGACUCUAGGUGUGACCAUAGAUGCAAAAAUUUGAAAGUCACCUCCUGAACAGUGAGUUCCAAUUCCCGACUCAUACUACACAUUAUGUAGUAUUGUAUACAAUAUUCUUUAUAGUAUCAAAUAAACCUGCGACCUUCGAGCUAAAGAAUUGUGUUUUAAAACGCUCAACACUUUUUCUUUUGUAUUCCGAGAAUCCUAAGAGUCCCCAAUUCCACUUUAAAAUGUGGCUUUUCUGUCUGGCAUGUGCAUUACAUUGGAGAACAAUAGUCAACAACAGUCUUAGGGAUCAGGAUAGCUUUUAAUUUAUUCUUUGAUGGCAAUUCCUAUUUAUUACAAUUUGAGUCUUUUUAGUUGGAUUGAUAAAUCUCCAAAACUCGGUUGAAACCGCUGAUGUUGCGAUUCCAGUAGGAUCUGGUCUAAUAUACGUUUAAAUCUUUUCAUAAAUAUGUGAUGUGCAUAUAGUUAUGUUGUAUUUGUAAUGGGAACACAGCAACAUCCAUUUAAUCUACCUUGACAGGGCAAGAAUCUAACU